AUGCUGCCGGCGGGCGGCCCCAGCCCCGCGCAGACCUGCGGGGCCGUGCUGGUGGCCGCCGUGCUGCUGCAGUCCGUGUGCGUGGCCGUCACCUUCCUGUACUUCACCAGCGAGCUCAGACAGCUCCAGGACUCGUACUCCAAGAGCGGCAUCGCUUGUCUCACCGGGGAGGAGAUCGGGAAUUCCAUCCAAAACUUGGAUCUCAUUGAAAGCCAAGACAGAGAAGCUGAUCCCUGCUGGCAAGUAAAGUGGCACCUGGGAAAGUUAAUUAAAAAGAUGAUGUCAAGAAGCUACGAGGAAAACAUAUCUGCAAUCAAUGGUAUUAGUACUCUGACACUGCCACGCGCGGAGGGGCAGCCGCCGCGCGGUCCCGUCCGCAGGAUCGCGGCGCACCUGACGGGCAGCAGCAGCAGGAGGAGCUCCCUGUCCCCACGCAUAAAUCCCUUGCCCAGAAGAGGAAAUGGACACAAAAUAAACAACUGGGAAUCAUCAAGAAAAGGCCACUCCUUCCUUUACAACGUGGAGCUGAGAAAUGGCGAGUUAGUGAUACCCCAGACAGGCUUUUACUACAUCUACUCACAAAUUUACUUCCGCUUCCGUGAGAACGAGAACGAGGACUCAGACUUGUUGGGACAAAUCAGAAACCCCAAACAGCUUGUCCAGUAUGUUUACAAACUGACUAAUUACCCUGAGCCCAUUUUGCUCAUGAAAAGUGCAAGAACAAGCUGCUGGUCUAAAAAGGCAGAAUAUGGACUUUAUUCUAUCUAUCAGGGUGGUGUGUUUCAGCUGAAGAGAGAGGACAGGAUUUUUGUCUCUGUCAGCAACAGUGACAUAGUUGACAUGGACAAAGAAGCAAGUUUUUUUGGAGCCUUUAUGAUCAGUUAG